AUGUUUGCGAGCACAGGCAAGACCUGUAAUUUCAACCAGUGGCUGCAGUUCUUCGCAUUCGACGUCAUUGGAGAGUUGACAUGGAGCAAGAGGUUGGGCUUUGUAGAGGGCAACAAAGACGUAGACAACAUUAUCGAAUUCUUGGGCAAAUUUUUCGAUUACGUCGCGCCAGUCGGACAAAUGCCAAUACUUGACCGUCUCCUAUGGAAGAACCCGAUCAGUCUUUUUGCCCAGCGCAUUGGUCUCGACAAGCGUAUUCACCCAGUCACCCUCUUCGCACUCAACCGCUCCAGUGAGCGCGCUCAGCAAGUAGAGAAAGUCAAGCGCUUUGGUCUCUCCGACGACGAGAAGGCCAAUCCCCGCGGUAUCGACCUACUCUCCAAGUUCGCUCAAGCAAGCCACGACCACGACUUCAUGGACGACAACCGCAUUCUCUCUACAUGUACAUCCAUGGUAUUCGCUGGUUCAGAAACCACGGCAAUCUCUCUAUCUGCCGUCUUCUACUUCCUCGUCAAGCACCCGCGUGUGUACUACAAGUUGAUGGCAGAGCUCGACAACGCUGUCGCAGAUGGAACAAUCGAAGACCGCCCAGACCGCACAAUCUCAUGGCCAGAAGCCCAGAAACUACCUUACCUCGAUGCCGUCGUCCAGGAAUCGUUCCGACUUCAUCCCGCACCCGGCCUAAUCCUCGAACGCGUCGUCCCACCCCAAGGCAUGCAAAUCCUCAACGAGUUCAUCCCCGGUGGGACCAUCGUCGGCUGUAACGCAUGGGUUGUGCAUCGCCGCCCAGAAGUGUUCGGCUUCGACGUCGAUGUGUUCCGCCCUGAGCGCUGGCUUGACGCUAGCCCGGAGAAGUUGAAGGAGAUGAAAGGUACUAUGUUGCAGUUUGGUGCUGGCGCCAGAACCUGCAUCGGCAAGAACAUCAGUCUGUUGGAGAUUUACAAGCUUGUGCCGAGUUUCUUGAGGAGAUUUGAGGUACAGCUUGAGGACCCAAGUAAGGAGUGGAAGACGCAUAAUGCGUGGUUUGUGGGGCAGAAGGAGUUUAACACGAGGUUCCGACCGAGGGCGUAG